AUGUACCGCGAGAGUUUGUUUGGCGUUGCUCUGGCGGCGACGCUGGCGGAGUUGGAUUCCGUCUGUUGUCUCAGCGAAGGGCAAAAGGAGGAGUUGUGGGACAUUUUUGACAUUGCUAUGGAACGAGCGCUGGCGGAGUCACCCGUCACGUCGCAGGUGCGUGUGUUCUCACCAUCUCCAUCGAUUCAGGAGAGGAAUAAUAGAAUGGAUGGUGACGGUGGUGGCGUUGCGGCGGCUCCGGCUGCGCUCUCUACCAAACCCACACGCAUGGUGUUCCCUGCGAAUUCAUUACCACAAUGCUCACCAACGGCGUCGCUUGCUUGCUGUGGGGUGUUGGACGAGGGUGUGACGUACCCUGUCUACCGUGUACAUGACGGCAUGUGGACCAUUCUUCUUAAGGAUCCCACUGUGGAGGUAAAGGACGGUGCCGGACGCAGCGAGACAAUUCACCUCGACUACCUCAAGGUGCACCUCAGGGAUGUCUCCUUUAAAGAGGGCGUCAAAACAAAAGCGACUAGAAAAAAACGACGCCGCUAA